AUGCUUUCGCACACGUCCCGCCGCCUUGCCCGCCGGAGCCUCUCGACCGCGACGUCGCGCAUCUUCAAGUCGCCGCACCCGGACGUCGAGCUGCCGCUCCAGACCUCGUGGGAGCUCCUCCAGACCGCAUCCAAGGGCCGCGAAGACCGCACGGCGCUCAUUUGCGGCCUCACGCACGAGAAGAUGACGUACGGGACGUUCAUUUCCAGCGUGCAAAAGGUCGCGGCCUCGUUUCUCGAGCGGGGCGUUCAGAAGGGCGACGUCAUUGCAACCAACGCCGUCAACUGCGUCGAGUAUCCCAUCAUCUUUCACGCGGCAACUGCGAUUGGUGCGAUCCUGUCGCCGGCCUCGCCGCAAUUCCGUGGCGCCGAACUCGCCGUCCAAAUGAAGGCGGCCAAGGCCAAGUUUCUCAUCACGCACGCGGCGGUGCAAGAUGCGGCCAAGGAGGCCAUGGAGUUUUACCCGCUCCCGAUGGACCGCCAGUUUUGCAUUGGACCCUCGACCCACUACCAGUCGUUCGAUGAGCUCCUCAAAACGAGCAAUUUGCACCCGUCGCAGGUCGCGGUCAACCUCAAGAAGGACGUGAGCUACCUCCCGUUCUCGAGCGGCACGACGGGCCCGCCCAAGGGCGUCAAGCUGUCGUACUUCAACUUGGCCGCGAACGCGAUGCAGACGUCGGUGCUCGACGACCUCACCGGCCACACGGUCUCGGUGCUGCCGUAUUUCCACAUUUACGGCACGAUGCUCAUGAACGUGUCGCUGCUUCAAGGCGGAGCGCAAAUCGUCAUGCCCAAGUUUGAUCCGCCGGCGUUUCUUGGCAACCUCCAAAGAUACGAAGUCCGCCUCAACCACAUUGUGCCGCCGAUCGCAGCCUUCCUCGCCAAGCACCCGCUCGUCGACCAGUUUGAUCUCUCGGCCACCAAAAUGCUCGUCUCGGCGGCCGCGCCCAUGGGCGAAGGGCUCGAAGCCGCGAUCAAGGAGCGCCUUGGUAUCACCGUCAAGCAAGCGUACGGCAUGACCGAGCUCUCGCCCGUCGCCAACUACUCGCAGGACCACAACGCCAAGAAUGGCUCGAUUGGUGCGACGAUUCCCAACACGGAGCUGCGCGUCGUGUGCCCCUUCAAGGAAGGCGACGUUGGUGUCCGUGAAGUCGGCGAGCUCUGGUACCGUGGCCCACAGACGAUGCUCGGCUACCUCGACAAUGACGAAGCGACCAACGCGACGCUGACGGCCGAUGGCUUUGUGCGCACGGGUGACAUGGGCUAUGUGGACGAGGAAGGCCACGUGUUUAUCGUGGACCGCCUCAAGGAACUCAUCAAGUACAAGGGCCACCAGAUUGCCCCCGCCGAGCUUGAAGAUGUGCUCGUGACGCACCCCAAGGUCGCCGAUGCCGGUUGCAUCCGCGGUCAGAACGCCGAUGGCGAAGAAAUCCCCAAGGCCUGUGUCGUCCUCAAGCCCGGUCAGACCAUCUCGGGCGAAGAACUCAUGGAGUACGUGGCCGAGCGCGUCGCACCCUUCAAGAAGGUUCGCCAAGUGGUGUUUGUGCCCGAAAUUCCCAAGAGUGCCACGGGCAAGAUCCUCCGCCGUGAGCUCCAGGCCCAAUAUUAGAGAAGACGUCAGUGUAGCUAGUUGUCGUGGAAUGACUGUCGAAUGGAUGAUGUCAUUUGGAACAAAAUGUGAG